ACAUGACAAAGAAAACCAAACCACUGAAUCCUUACAGUCGUUCAGACAGACACAACCAUCAGCUCAGUUCCACUUCAUGUUUUAAAACAGGAGAACGUUUAGACCUUAGAGAAAUGAAAGAUCUUCGUGGGUUUUUGAGGAACCUGCAUGAAACUGAAACCGGCUCGGUUCUGACUUAGAACGCGGAGGAUCGUCGCUUGUUUGACGGCAGCAAACAGCAAAAAAAAAAAAAGGCUGUUCUCAUUUGGCUCUCGUUUGGCCGAGCUCUGAGGCUGUACGUGAACGCAGCAGCGUCGACGCAUCCUAGCGGUGAGGCGUUCACGGGUCAGAAUCAUCGGAGUCGGUCUGCCUUGCUCACGAGCUCUCUGCCUGCGGUCCUCCUGCUCUGUUAGAAGAUGUCGCUGGUUCUUCUGAGCCGAAACCUUCUGGCUUUUACAAAUGGCGGGACGAUGGUGCCAUGCAGGCUUCUUUCUAACCCUUGCGGGUCUGGGCAUCCUAUCAUCCCGCGGUGGUGUGACCUCCGGCUCAGGCAUUACAUCCGUAGCGCCAGUGCCUGUGUCUUGUGCACUUUCUGGAACCAGCGACAGAUGGUGCGGUCCACUCAGACCGUCGCCGCUGCAGCUCCAGAGCCCAGGAUGAAGGCGUUCCAGGUGUACCGCUGGGACCCGGACAGGCCCGGCGACAAACCGCGAAUGCAGACGUAUGAGGUUGACCUCAACACUUGUGGCCCCAUGGUCCUGGACGCACUUAUAAAGAUCAAAAAUGAAAUGGACCCCACGCUCACAUUCAGGCGUUCUUGUCGUGAAGGUAUUUGUGGUUCGUGUGCGAUGAACAUCAACGGAGAAAACACUCUGGCCUGUCUGAACAGGAUCAACGCGAACAGCAGCAAAGCCACAAAAAUCUACCCGCUGCCACACAUGUACGUCGUCAAAGAUCUGGUGCCGGACAUGAGCAACUUCUAUGCACAGUACAAAUCGAUAGAGCCGUACCUGAAGAAGAAGGAUGGUAGUCAGGAGGGGAAGACGCAGUAUUUUCAGUCCGUGGAGGACAGACAGAAACUGGACGGCCUGUAUGAGUGCAUCCUCUGCGCCUGCUGCAGCACCAGCUGUCCCAGCUACUGGUGGAACGGAGACAAAUACCUGGGACCUGCUGUCCUCAUGCAGGCGUAUCGGUGGAUGAUUGACUCCCGGGAUGAGUUCACUGAGGAACGGCUGUCGAAGCUCCAGGACCCCUUUUCCCUUUACCGCUGCCACACAAUCAUGAACUGCACUAAGACUUGCCCCAAGGGUCUCAACCCAGGAAAAGCCAUCGCAGAGAUCAAGAAGAUGAUGGCCACUUACAGAGAGAAAACCACCGCCGCCGCCUCAUGAGUGACAGUAACGGUCGCCUGUUCAGAGCUCUACCACGUUGCUACAUUAACACCUUUGUGGCGUCUCUGUCUGUGUGUGGGUGUGACGCCUGUGACUGUAGACGGGAUGGAGGAACAGGCUAAGAAGGAAUAUUUGUGUCCUUCAUCACAAAAGCUUUUGCUGUUUGCAGAGUAGAUGCAGCUGGAUUGCAUGUCGUUGCUUUUAGCUGUGCGAAAUUGUGUAUUUAAUGGUGAUUUGUUGAGCUAACAGCAGCACAGAAAAAAAGCUGUUCUUUCAGUGACUGCUGAACAACCAUAUCGCGAUAAAUAAACAUGCAAUAUGACACUAACC